CUUUCCCCUUUUUGGUGCUUCAGCUCUCCUCCAGCCGAGCGCAAAGAAAUAACGUUACUACUGGAUUCAAAAAGGUUACAGAGGCAUUGACCAGAUCUUCGGCAAUAAUGUCGCGCGAGGGUGGAUCUGCCGGGUUGCCUGGUCCGCCUGUUGGGGGGGUUUGUUGGUGCCUGGCAAUGGGCCUAUAGAACCGGCGUCCCUUGGAAUAAGUUUAGCUGGCUUGAUGGCUGGCAGGAAAAAAGUAAAUAAUAAGACGCCUGAAGCGCACCUCGGCCGUGUGGGAACUGCGAGAAGGAAAGAAAGCUGUGGUUUUGCCGUCGCUGGUUCGCUGGUUCGUUCGUUUCGUUUCCCAUCCCAACAACCUCACUCACUUCUCCCGGUGUAGAGGGCAAAAAAAAAAAAAAAAAAAAAAAAAAAAAAAAGCUCCAGUUCCAGGUUCCAAACCCUCUCCACUCUACCUCCCACCACUAUACUACAAUAAUAUACCUCAAUCAACCUACGCCACACAUCUUCAACAAAACAGCAACUACCAUUUUCUCGUUCCUUUCCUUUGUCGAAACUGAGCGACUGCUGGACCUCGAGCACGCCGGCCGUCUUCCGUUGACGUUGACUCCAUCCCCCCCAAUCUCCACUCCAUUUCCCGUCUUCCCCCAUCUCCCCGACACUUCGUUCCACACAAUGGCUCCCAUCAAGGAUGAAACGGUCGAUGGCCUUAAGACCAUCAUCGGCGAGCUGGAGUCGCGCGUGGCUCAAUUGGAAGAGCGGUUGCUGCACGGAGGUGGCUCUUCGCAGCCUAAGUCCGUCGCGGAAUCUGUGCGGAUGAUCUUGAUGGGCCCUCCAGGCGCGGGCAAGGGAACGCAAGCACCUAAAAUCAAGGAAAAAUUCUGCGCCUGUCACCUGGCCACCGGAGACAUGCUGCGGUCACAAGUCGCUCGCAAGACCGAGCUGGGCAAGGAGGCGAAAAAGAUCAUGGACCAAGGUGGAUUGGUUAGCGAUGAGAUUAUGGUUAACAUGAUCAAGCACGAAUUGGAGAAUAACAAGGAGUGCCAGAACGGUUUUAUCCUGGACGGAUUCCCCCGCACAGUCGCCCAGGCCGAAAGAUUAGACAGCAUGCUCAAUUCUCGCGGCCAGAAACUCCAACACGCCAUCGAGCUCCAGAUCGACGACGCCCUCCUCGUCGCGCGGAUAACUGGCCGCUUAGUGCACCCCGCCUCAGGACGCUCGUAUCACAAGAUCUUCAACCCACCUAAGGAGGCCAUGAAGGACGAUAUCACGGGUGAGCCGCUGGUCCAGCGGUCAGAUGAUAACGCCGAUGCGCUGAGUAAGAGACUGAAGACGUACCAUUCGCAGACGGAGCCUGUUGUGGGAUACUACAAGACCACUGGCAUCUGGAAGGGGAUUGACGCCAGCCAGGAGCCUGGACAGGUGUGGAAGAGCCUGCUGCAGGUUUUCGAUGCGGAUAAGGCUGCAGCUUCGAGUGGGAUACUUGGCAAGAUCAGCAUGUCGAAAUAAAGAUUACUAGGCUGAUUACUGUUUUACCCCUUUAUAUUACUCUCUUCGUGUAGUCCUCCCUACGUUUCUCUCUCUCUCUCUCUCUCUCUCUCUCUCUCUCUCUCUCUCUCUCUGUGUGUGUGUGUGUGUGUGUGUGCGUGUGUGUGUGUGUGUCGUCUCAUUUCGACCAAUUCCUCUUUCCUUUUUAUAUAUAUUCUUACUCGGUGCCUUUUUCUCUCCAUCAUCAUCAUCAUCAUGUCAUCUGGAUCCCCCCAGUGGAUCCCCUCUUAAGUUUUGCUCCCUCCGGUGCGUUAUAAAUGGAUACCAGCCCACCUAUCAAGCAUAACCAAACCCCUAUUGGAGAAUCUUAUCAUAUAUGCGUCCAGAAUUGUAUGCGCGAAACUUCUACUAUUUUCUCUUUUUCCUCUCUUUUUUUAUCGGUUUUCUUUUUCUUUCUCUUUUCUUAAUUUUCGCCGGUGAUAACAAGGAGGUAAGAAUCCGCCCAUUCCAUCAGGGGACCUCGCAUCGGACCUCGCUCGUGCAUGAAUGGGAAAGGUGAAAUAAGGAACAUUUGCAGAACAGAAGAAAAAGGAAGACAAAAGCGUGCUGUUGUAAAAGAAUACCCCCUUCUGCUACUGUCAAUCAACCGGGCGACUAACUACUGACUGAUAACUAUAUAUUGAAUCGCUUUUUUGUCUCCAAUUCUUCUUCUUCUUCUUUUCUUUUUUUCUUCUUCUUUUUUUGCUUUCUAUUCUCUCUUUCUACCUAUCUGAACAAAUUUUUCAGUUUGUUCUUAUUUCUUCUCUAUUUGCUUCUCCUUGAUGGGUAUAGAAGGAUGAUUGUGGUUUCUUUCCUUUCAAUAUACUCCGCCUCCUCAUUCUUCUUCUUAUUUCUAUAACCUGCACAUUGCCGGGCAAAUACUUGGUAUCAGAAAGAAAAAGGAGCAAACUAUCCAGAAGGAUAUUCAGGAUUUCUAUUGUUCAUUUCCAUUUCAUCCGUAU